AAAACCCUGACUCGAUUUUAGCCUCCCUAGAAAACCAUGCCAUUUCAAAUUACUCCUAUCCUUAUUGCGUUUUUAUGUCAUCUCUUAGCAGCGGAUGCAUCUCCGCCUUGCUAUUGGUCGGAUGGGACCCUUGCGCCAUCAACCAUCCAACCAUGCAACUCCAAUCUCCCCGAGGGUUCCUAUAGCGCCUGUUGCUCACUCGGACGUACUCCUCCAGACGUCUGCUUCAGCAGCGGACUCUGCUUAACGGGUAAUUCUUACACCUCUAACGGCUUGAUUUUCGCGAAUGGAUGUACGGAUCCCACUGGCAAGGACCCUAGUUGCCAGCAAUACUGUACAAAUCGCUCGACUGAAUUCUAUAUCCUCGAUCCAUGCGAAGAUGGUCGGUGGUGCUGCCAAACGGAUGGCGCUUUGUCAAGCUGCUGCAAGAACGGGCAAGGAUCAUUCACGCUGCUACCUGGGACAAUUAUGUUUCCUUCUGCAGCUACAUCAGGUGGACAAUCUCCCACGCAAAUAACCACCUCCACACAAAUCAUCAGCACAUGUUCAAGCUCGCCACUACCUUCACAGUGCCCUCAGGAUAAAAGCACCAUCGUGGGUGCUUCUGUCGGCGCCACUUUAGGCAGCGCAUUUGUGGCAUCCCUUCUAGCUAUUUGGUUCAUAUUAUGGCGCCAACGUAGGCACCAGUUACAAGCACAAUUCCCCAUUAGUGUCGCACCACAAGGAGCCUUAGGCCCCGCAGAGAUGGACUCUGUCCCUGGUAAAGCAUGACAAUCUUCAUUGACACAGAGAUCACACCCUCCCGAAAUCGACGGGCGGCAGAUCAUCGGGAAUAUUCCCGCUCUAACGUGAACAUCAUGAGGGGUGUGACUUUAGUUGAGGUUAACAUGUGCUAGUCUGGCUUUGAAGUUGUCAACUUCAAGAAUAUGAAAUGCUUCUCCUUGAUGGAAACCGUUAGAACUUUAUUAUGGAAUUCCUUUGGGCAUUUGUUCUAUUCGUG